CGCUGAUUGAUGUCUCGGACGAAAAAGCGCGCUCGGUUUGGUUGAUCUGAUGGUGGUGCUAUCCUUAGUGAUGCGCAACUCAAUCCAAUUAGGCUUCGGCUUCGGACUGUGAUGCUGGGAGCGGGACUGACAUAUCUGCACAGUCGAGGCUACACGAGUUGCUCUGCAGUUUAGCCACCGGCGCCGAUAAUAUGACCAUAGUCAUACACACGAUCACCCGCAAACUGGUUUAACCAUGUCUUCUAGGAGACUAUAAUGUAGCCUAUUCGUUUUGUUCUAGAAUAGUAUCGCGGAACUGCUGGUUAUCAACAUGAAGAGGCAUUUCAUUCGCACAGCUACAGCGGACACCUUGCGUGCCUAAUCUCAUGGAGAGGUAGCCUAAUUACAGGGCUUUAUUUAUCUUCAGGACAGAUAACAUACCUACACGAAGUAUAGUAUCACUACAAAAGUUGCAGGCAUGGAGGGACUUGUUUAAACUGGAUCCAACAUAGUUAGCCAUUCACUGGGCCUACAAGUAAUUUGGGGUGAGGUCCAGUGAUUUCACAACAUCUUGGCUUGUGCACUGUUCAUACAGCAGUAUAGUCAUGGGUGAGAGAGGUGGGUUUGGAGUUCCCAAAGGCACUUCACGGCCUGCUGGGUCACUGCCACCCGAGCCCAUAGACAUUAUUCGGAUCAAAGCCAGAUCCAGAAGAGUCCGCAUCAAUGUAGGGGGCCUGACCCAUGAGGUCCUGUGGCGGACCUUGGACCGGCUCCCGCGCACCCGGAUGGGCAAACUCAGAGACUGCAACACCCACGAGACCUUAAUGGAGAUCUGUGACGACUACUGCCUCAGCGAAAACGAGUACUUCUUCGACAGGCACCCUGGUGCCUUCUCCUCCAUCUUGAACUUUUACAGGACAGGGAAGCUGCACAUGAUGGAGGAGAUGUGUGCCCUGUCCUUCGGCAUGGAGCUCGACUACUGGGGCAUCGACGAGAUCUACCUGGAGUCGUGCUGCCAGGCGCGCUACCACCAGAAGAAGGAGCAGAUGAACGAGGAGCUGAGGAGGGAGGCUGAGAGCCUUCGGCAAACAGAAGGCGAGGAGGAGGACACCGGCUGCUGCCCAGACAAGAGACAGGCGCUAUGGGACUUGCUGGAGAAACCCAGCUCUUCUCUGGCUGCUAAGUUCUUGGCCUUCCUAUCCAUCAUGUUCAUCAUCCUGUCAACUAUUGCACUCUCACUGAAUACCCUGCCAGAGUUACAAGUGGUUGACGAGUUUGGACAGUCCAAUGACAACCCCUACCUUGCCCAGGUGGAAGCAGUGUGCAUUGCCUGGUUCACCAUGGAGUACCUGCUGCGCUUCCUCGCCUCUCCAAACAAAUGGAAAUUUGUCAAAGCCCCUCUGAACGUCAUUGAUCUGUUAGCCAUACUGCCGUACUUUGUCACCAUCUUCCUGACCGAGUCCAACAAGAGUGUUCUACAGUUCCAGAACGUGAGGAGGGUGGUCCAGAUAUUCCGAAUCAUGAGAAUUCUGAGGAUCCUCAAACUGGCCAGGCAUUCCACAGGACUUCAGUCUCUAGGCUUCACGCUGAGGCGCAGCUACAACGAGCUGGGGCUGCUGAUAUUGUUUUUAGCCAUGGGCAUCAUGAUCUUCUCUAGCCUGGUGUUCUUUGCAGAAAAAGAUGAGGAUGCCACUAAAUUCACCAGCAUCCCUGCUUCUUUCUGGUGGGCUACAAUUACCAUGACAACAGUUGGCUAUGGCGACAUCUAUCCACAAACCCUUUUAGGUAAAAUAGUUGGUGGGCUGUGCUGCAUUGCGGGGGUGCUUGUGAUUGCUUUGCCGAUCCCCAUCAUUGUGAACAACUUCUCCGAAUUCUACAAGGAGCAGAAGAGGCAAGAGAAAGCCAUCAAGCGCAGAGAGGCACUGGAGAGAGCGAAGAGGAACGGGAGCAUUGUGUCCAUGAACCUGAAGGACACGUUCACGCGCAGCAUGGAACUCAUGGACGUCAUCGUGGACAAGACGGAAGAGAAAACAGUUGACAACCACCUCUCUCCCAGCCGGUGGGGCUACCCCAAGCGCCAGACCUCAGACAGCUCCGACACCAAGUACCAGGAGGUCACUCAGUUGGGAUCUCCACGUCGGAGUCCACAGCGGCUAAACGCCCGCAAGCUGGAGCAGAUGUACAACCAGAUGACGGCACCCGGCUCCACUUCCCAGCCCUGUGAGGCGGUGCCGGCGGCGGGUGGCAAAGCGGAGGCCAUGGAGAUGAAGGUGGUAGAGGCCCUGUCUGUGCCGAAGCAACGACCCAUCACAGACAUCAAGAGCAUUUCCAGCAUGGAUAGCUUCACCAGCUGCGCCACUGACCUCAGCGAGGCGGAGAAGAGCGCCCUCCAGGCCCAGCAGAGGCACCUGCGCGCCCCUCCGCCGCUCGACCUGACCAUGAUCCCCGCCAUGGACAAGCGGGCGUCCGAGAAGGUCAGGCAGUCCAUCAUCAAGGAGGGCCUCUAUGAGUUUGUGCCGUGCCCAGAGGCCGCCUCCGCCCCCUCUUCCAGCCCCAACAGCCAGCGGGAGGACAGUGAGGGCGUGCGGAGCUCCAUGAGAGGAGCCAGCCAGGUGAAGACCAAAGGACUCAAAGUGAACUUCACAGAGUCCCCCGAGGAGGGCUCCUCAAACCUGCACCUAGUGGUGACGGAGGAGACCGUCCCGCUGUCCCCAACGCUGGAGGACAGUCCCCCGCUGGGGUUCAGGCAAGUCCAGUCCCCUGACAGGCAUAGCCCACACUCCCCGGGAAGGAGCUUCGGGGGAGAUGGGGCAGAGAGCUCGCCAGGCGUGGGCUCAUCCACUGAGAGUCACAGAGGGAAGAACCAUCUCGACAAGGCAGCGGCGUCUCCUUCUCCCACCUCCCCUAAACCCACUUCACCGAACUGUGCUCCGGGUGUGGGUGGAGUGGCUGCAGGAGUGGAAAGCUUGGCUGACAACAGUCAGAGUGGACAAAAGGCUGAGAACCAUCUUCUUGCUGGGGAGGGUCCUCUGACCCCGCCCUGUGAAACCAGUAUGUAAGGCAUUGUGAGUUUUUUUUUUUUUAAUUCAGAGGCUGAGACUGAGUGUGUGGAACAUGCAGGUUCACAUGGGUGUGCUAAACUACACUGUAGUGAAGAUUUCUAUUUUUUCUCUGCAUGGAUGGACAGUGUUAUAGACGGUACCACUUACAUUAUGGACUGAAAGGACUGCAUUUGUUGCAGACAAGAGAUAACAUGCAUGUCCGCACAGGGACAACAGUGGUACAUAGUUGAAAGACAUUUUAGUUAAGAGUUUUAAAAAAGCCUCUCAAAUGUGAAAUUUACAAUUUCAAAAA